CUUUGAUGUGGCUGGUGAUCCUCGGAGCUUGACACGGCGAAGUCAUGGCGGCGGAGACGGAGGCGGAGUCACAGAACCUUCAUGUACUCUCUGCUUUCCUCGCCAUGGAACCAGUGGACUCCGUUAUCACUCUCGCUAGAGGGUGUACCGGAGGAUCAAUUACUGAGAACGCCCAGAGAUUUUUCUGGGAAAUUUGUGUUAAAGCGGCUACGAAUGGUAAUGCAUCAUACGCGAAGAAGUUACUGAAGAAACUCAUAAAUGAAGUUGAGUUAGAGAAUGGUGAAGUAUUGGAUGAAGUAUAUGAAGAGUAUGCUCUUUACAUGUUAACUUCUAAGGAAGAUACAUUGGUGAAAGAAAACAUAAGGAUUACCAAAUUCAUCUCUUUUCUAUUCCCAGAAGGUUCAUACAAACACCCAAGUUGUCCAAGGUCGAGGAAAUUAGUUAUUCCGCUGCAAUGUUCGCUGAACAUGCUUGAAGGAGAUACUGGGUGUUCCAUCUGGCCAUCAAGUCUGUUUCUGUCAGAGUUUGUUUUGUCAUUUCCAGAGUUAUUCGCCAAUAAAUUCUGUUUUGAGGUUGGUUCUGGAGUUGGCAUGGUCGGAAUUUGCCUUGCACAUGUGAAGGCCAAAAAGGUGAUACUAACAGAUGGAGAUCUCUUAACUCUGUCUAACAUGAAGCUGAAUUUGGAGAGGAAUCACUUAAACUAUGAUGACGAGUUGCUCAAACAACCUGGAGAAGCUCAGAGUACACAAGUUAAAUGCAUUCAUCUUCCGUGGGAAACUGCAUCGGAAAGUGAACUGAGUGAAUAUCGUCCAGAUAUUAUUCUAGGCGCAGAUGUAAUCUAUGACCCGUCAUGUCUCCCUCAUCUACUUCGGGUUCUCGUAGCCCUUCUAAAUAAACCACCAAAAAGAGACAAUGGCUCUUUUGAGACUGAAGAUAGUGACACGACACCACAAGGACACAGCCCCAAGGUGGCUUAUAUCGCAUCAGUAAUUCGCAAUGCAGACACUUUUAAUGUGUUCUUGACACUAGUAGACCAAAUGGACCUUUCCAUCACAGACGUGACCGCAGAACUUAGGCCUCCCUUCGAGCUUUUACCAUAUAUGCAUUCAUAUGACCGCUCAAGCGUUCGGCUCUUUUCCAUAUCCUCCAGAUGAUGUAAUUCUUUCAGAAGCACUUUAAUUUCUUUACAAUCGAAAUCAAAGAUUCUUGGACCGUUAAUCGAAACAUUUUCCAAGAUGGUAGUUGGAUGUUCAUAUCGAAGAUUGAAAUCGCUGUUAUUAGCGUUUCAUGUGUUUGCAGAAA